AUGGAUACCAGGAAAGUCGGCGAAGAAGAUUUUAUCAGCAAAUUGCCUAAUGGCGUUGUGGGUCAUAUCCUCUCUUAUCUUAACAUAAAAGAAGCCUUUCAAACGGCCGUAUUGUUCAGAAGAUGGAGGAUAGAAAUCAGGUUUUUAUGGACUUUGUGGACCGAGUUCUUCGCCUUCGUGGAUCCGGAAAUAUUCAGACAUUCACUCUGGGAUUUUCUAGUUCCGUCACGUCGCGUCAAUGAAUGGAUUAGCUAUGCGCAGCGUUGCAAUGUGAAGGAGCUUGGUCUCUUCCUCUUUUUGGAAAAUGACGAAAGAAUCCGUGUUAGGUUGCCUGAAAACUUUUCAAGUUGCGCAUCACUGGUGGCACUAACACUUGGAAACGACUUCGUUUUCACUAUUCCUUCAACAAUCACAUGUUUCCCCAGUUUGAAAGUCCUUCGUGUUGGUGCUGCGUAUCCCGAUUGCGAGUUUUUGAGUACAUUAUUUUGUAGAUGUCCGGUGCUUGAAGAUUUGUUAAUCAGAGUAAUUUUGUACCAGGAUGGUGAUGAUCAGGUUAAGCAUACUUUCACGAUUUCUAUACCAACUCUGAAAAGGUUGAAGAUUGACAUUAGCAGACGAUUUGAGAUUUUCUGGGAUCAAAAGUUCAUUAUUCAGACCCCAAACCUUGAAUAUCUUACCAUUCUAGAUGAUUUCAUGACUUAUUUUGUGGUAGAUGAAAUACCCUCCCUACUUGAAGCCAAGGUUAGUAUUGUCGAUUUUACUUUCUUCUACAAGGAUAAACUAUCCCAGCAAGAAGUCCAUCGAGUGAUGAUGGGAAUUCUCAAAGGAAUUAGAAAUACCAAAUUUCUAAAUCUUAAGGCUAGUACUACUGCUGUAAGUUAAUUAUUUUCGCCCUGAUGAACAAACUUAAUU